AUGGUGACGGGUGCAGGAUUUUCAGAGGAAAAUUGUGAGGCUGGUAUGAUGAAAGAAAUGGUGGUGGAGUCACUAGUGCUGACUAUUAAACUUUUGGUUGCUGCAGCACUAGGCCCUUUCAAAAUAUUAGCGUCCUGGUUGUUUGAGAAACGGGCUAGAGAGAUAAUUAAAUGGUACGAUGAGUUAUUGGAAAAGUACUUAGAAGAGCAUGAAGCAAGAGCAAAUGGAGAUGGCGACAGAUCAGAAAAUAGAGAUUUGAUGGAUAUCCUCUUGGAGGUUUAUCAUGAUGAAAAAUCAGAGUUCAAGAUUACCAAAACAAACAUCAAGGCCUUCCUUCUGGAUCUCUUGGUUGCUGGCAUCAGUGGCACAGAUGAGAGCGUAAAAUGGACAAUAUUGGAGCUUAUCAACCAUCCUGAUUCAUUCAAUAAAGUUAGGGAAGAGAUUGAAUCAGUUGUUGGAAGAAAUAGACUUGUUGAAGAAUCAGAUAUACGAAAUCUUCCUUUUUUGCAGGCCGUGGUGAAGGAAACACUGAGAAUUCAUCCACAUGUCCCUAUAAUAUUCAGGAAAUCCGAUAGAAAUUGUAAUAUCAAAGGCUUCGAUAUACCUGGAAAAACUCUAACAGUUAUUAAUGCAUAUGGCAUAAUGAGGGAUCCUCAGUUUUGGGAUAAACCAAACGAGUUCCGCCCUGAGAGGUUUUUAGUUUAUUCCAAAGAAGAAGAAGAUAGCGAAACAAAGAAACAACUUUUCAAUUAUUUUCCAUUUGGAGGAGGGAGGAGAAACUGCCCGGCUGCAUUGUUUUCAUCAACCUUCCUGAAUGCUGCAACAGCUGCAAUGGUUCAAUGCUUUGAUUUUGAAGUUGAACGCAGUAAGUUUAAACUGCAGGCUGGACCAGAACUGGCAGUGAACUUGUCUCAGAAACUUAUGUGUCGCCCUGUGGUUCACUUCAACCCAUUUGCUCAUGAUGUGGUUUACUCAGGCCCGACAUCACAAAUAUUGAUCAAGUAGUAAUUAAUUUUCUUUCAAGUGCUAAUUGUCUAUGUUGAUGCAGUGAUACCUUGCUGGAAAUGCAUCAACAUAACAGGUCUCAGUUUGAACUUUUUGGAACCAGUUGAAGUUAGUUUUCUGCAGUUGGUCUGACGUGCAUGGCUGCAACCUUUUAGUGUAUUUUUGUUAAAUAGCUUAGGUGUAAUUAAGUCAUGUAAAUGAUGCAUCUGGUGUAUGAUUUGUUAGUUGUUAAAAGUUAAAUUCAAAUAUGUAAUCCUCUGCUGUAGUUGUUGUAAU